GCCAAAACAACAGCAGCACGCUAUUGGUUUGCUUCGAGAGCAAUCCUAUUCUAUCCUAUCUAUUGAAUAGAGUAUACUAGAAUGCGUGAGAUCCCCAAGCUGCAAGUGUUGUGUCUUCGUGCCGUCGGAUCUCAAUCCUGCAGCGCCGAGGAGACGUUUGCAGUCCACCAAGAAACGAACGAACCGAGUCGAGCAUCCAAGCUGCUUCGUAGUUUUCAUCAGCGACCUGUCAUAGAUGAUGACAACAACGAUAAUGACAAUGAUGAUGAAGAAGAAAAGACUCUUCGGAAUGUCCCCAUGUCGCGAAGUGUCUGUGUGGGCAAGGGAUCCUCUCGAAGAGCGCAAGCCAACGACGUGGACCUCAAUCAUCCCCUGAUUGCACAUCAUGCUAUUAAUACCACUGGUACUAGUGGUGAUAAUGGCAAUAAUGGCGAUAAUGAUAAGCAAGAAGUAGUGCUCAUUAUGGAACAUGGCAAUCCUGCCCUGGACUGUCUUCAAUCCUACAUUGACUCGUUGGUGGAACUGGGACGAAUGGAUGACAAUCGGAUGGGCAUUCAUUUCUUUGAAGAAUGGCGAAACAAUGUCCUCGUGGGAGCCGGCAAACCACUGCCCGCAGCUAGCAGCAAUAGCAAUAAUAAACCAGAAGGGGACGAAAAAAAUUCAUCACAAGAACCAGAAGAACCUCCUCGCAAACGCACUCGUCGAAGAGGAAGCGACAGUGACCAUAACAACAAUUCCACUCUAAGAUUGCGUGUCAAAAAACAGGGACCACCACCUCCUUUGGGAAGUAUCUCACUCAACAAUUGUGCCAUUGGACAGGAAACACUUGAAGCCAUGAGAGACAGUGGCAUGGGAGUACACAUUGGUGUACUCGAUUUGACCGGAAUUUACAAUCUCAACGAUACCAUGUUGGAACAAUUACUACCCCAUUGUCCCAACAUUCAACGGCUCUCAUUCAAAAACUGCAGACGAGUCACCUGUAACAGUUUGCAAAUACUGGCACAGUAUCAAACCAAAUUGAAAUUCCUCGAUAUUGGAGGCGUCUACAACAUUACACCCGAUGAAGUCAUUGAGACGAUUGUAGUGGGAAACAACAGCAACAGCAAUAACAACAACAAAAAGAAGAAUAAAAAGAACACGAUACCCUGUCCCGACUUGAUCGAAUUGCACGUCAGUGGCUUGGGAUGGAACGAUCAUCUCUUGAAAAUGGUAGUCUCGUGCUCGGGGGAAUACGACGACGAUGAAGACGACUACGAUGAUGUAGACCACAACAACCAACAACAACGACCUUGGAAGGCACUCAGUUUUGGAUUCUCCAUGAACCUCACAUCCUUGGUACUGCGGCAAUCCCUCUCCAAAGUAUCUUCCUCGCUCAUUUCUUUGGCAUUGCACUUUUGUGAAUACGUCGUCGACAAUGCCCUCAUGGGCAUGCUCGGACGCAAUCUACCACACGUCAAGUACCUGGAUGUCAGAGGCAAUCCCAGUCUGAAUAGCAUGACCGGGUGGUUUGAUGGCAGAGCAUCGGCCGAUUUUAAUCGAGUGGGAGACGAAAAUGCUCGUCACGAAGGCAGCCAUCCGGAAGAAGCAAGUGACGAGGAGGGAAAUGCGGCCAACGUGCAGGAACUCACAGUUCUCGCGAGAUUCACGGGCAUUACCAAGGCAUCGUUGGAAGAUACACUUCGCAUUCAUCCUGUUCAAGCCGCCAAGCUCAAGUGCUUUCUGGAUGGCAGUGGAAUUGGAGUCGGAAUCUACCGAUAGAUUCAAAGCGUACAGUACAAAAAACGAAUGUACUGUACUGUACAGCCGUAGCAGUAAAUGAAUUAAAUUAAAUUCGAUUCAUCGGCC